AUGUCCUCCACCUUCCCACAGCUCCUCAAGCGCUCGGCGUUCGUGACGCACGACCCGUUGAUCGCGCGCGUGUACGCGUCCAACGUGCGCUCGAUGCAAAAGUACGAAGACUACGGUCUCAAGUUCCCCGUCCACCGGACCAAGGGCGGACGGUACAUCAAGGUCGGGACGCUCGACGGCGGACCCGGAGUCGACGCAAUGUGGUCGAGCGGCGAGAAGGAGAUGCGCUUCAUCGACACGUGGGGCGACGGCACUGUCCCCUGGUCCAAGACGGCCAAGACGGCAAAAGUCGCCCGCGCGUCCAUCUACGCCGAGGACACGGUCGCCGAGCCCGAGAAGAAGGAGUUUAUCGCCAACGUCGACGCCAUGACCGAGCCCGAGUUUGAGAAGUACGUCGAGCACAUCCGCUCGCACCGGCACGAGCUGCGCGAGGCGCUGUGGGCCGAGACGACCGCGCCCGCACCCGACGAGUCGACGCUCGCACACGCCGCCGCGCGCGGAAUCGCGCGCCAGACGGCCGCGGCCGAGUUCCAGUCGGGCCUCACGACCGCCGCGCUCGCCGACCCCUCGUCCUCGCGCCUGCAGGGCAGCCCGCACGAGCUCCACGGCCUGGCGUACUCGUCUGCGCCGGCGGCCGGCGCCGCUGCCGACCCGGCACGCGCACACAAGGGCCGCGCGCUCGACCGCAUCGCCCGCCCAGGCAAGAGCCACCUCGGCAUCGAGGGCACCAACGCCGACUUUGUCGUCGGCCUGGGAGGCCUCACGGCCAUCAGCCGCACCGGCGCCGUCCGCGUUACCGACCGCCCCUCGCUCACGCAGUUCGACUACAAGCGCAGCAGCAAGAAGGCGGGCAUCGCGGACUUCAAGGUGGCCGAGGCUGAGAUCAUGAAGCCCGCGUCGGUCAUCGGGCUCACGCAGCGGACGGGCCGCGAUGCCGUCUGGCUCGGCUUGUCGCACUCGACGCUCCGCACGCCCGGCGCCCUCGACAGCUUCCGCUUCCACAUCAAGGUCGACGAGGCCGACACGGACGCGCCCGUGCCCGGCAGCCGCGCAUGGGUCGGCAAGGACACGGCGUCGGCGGCGCCAGCGACGGCCGCUGAGGGUGCGCUUGGUGUGCUCGGUGGCCCUCGGGCGACCCGCGUGCAGGGCCAGGGUGCCGAGGCCGUCCGCCGUAUCCAGGCGCAGACGAGCCGCACGGCCAUCAACAACUUGCUGAACCGCAUCACCAAGCAGCCUCCGCAGUAG